CCUCCCUGCCGAUGCGAACUGUCACACGCACUGUGCCGAUUGUUAUGACAUCGUCGUCGUGGGGUGUUUGUUUUGAUCUGUUUUGGAACACCGCCAAGUGUCAGGAGGUGAAGAAAAAUUUCGCACCAUAUUCGUAACAAAUUGUGUGGCCAAACGGGCCUCUGCUUCCUGCCGGGACCUGCUACCGUGACCUGUGCCUGUAGGCUGUGGAAUAGAAACAGAUACUCGCUCGCUCCUGCUCUAUUUACCCCGACGCCGACACAGAGAUGUCUUCCCACCACCGGCACGAUGAAGUGGCGCUCAGCUACCACGAGUCCUGCCUGCGCCUGUCGGACGUCGAUCUGCUCAAGGGCCCGUACUGGCUGAACGAUCAGAUCAUCUCCUUCUACUUCGAGUACCUGGAGAAGCACAUCUUUGAGAACGAGCACGACCUGCUGUUCGUCAGCCCGGAGGUGACCCAGUGCAUCCGGAUGGUGGCGCAGGACGAGGUGGGCAUAUUUCUCGAGCCGCUGCGGGCCCAGCAGCGGGCGUUUGUGUUUUUCGCGCUGAACGACAACCAGGCGGCGGACCGGGCCGGCGGUUCCCACUGGAGUUUGCUGGUGUUUUCCCGCCCGGAGCAAGCGUUCUACCACUUUGACUCGUCGCGCAACGCGAACGCGGAGUACGCGCGCCAGCUGGUGGCGGUGCUGAAGCGCGCCCUGCACUGUCCGGAUGCGCUGCUACGCACCGGCGACUGUUUGCAGCAGAGCAACGGGUACGACUGCGGUGUGCACGUGCUGUGCACGGUCGAUGCGGUCGCGCAGCAGAUACGCAAGAGCGGCCGGAUCGAGGGGGUUCGCAGUGCCCGGUACGAUGUGAUACGGUCGAAGCGGGAGGAGCUGCUCGGCAUCAUUUUAACGUUGGGCGGCAGAAUUAAGUAACCGAAAAUCGGCAUUUUCGCCAAUCGGUCUUAUGAUGUUACCGGUGCAGUAAAAAGGCUGUUUCUUCUCGUGUUUAGGGCUGAAAGAGAUUUAUAGCGCGAUUGGUUGGCCGCUUUGUUUUCCAUUGCACAACGUUUGGCUGUAGCGUGUUAGGGGAUUUUUUAUGUGCACGAUAAUCUUAACAACCAGUAAAGGGGAAGCGUUUUUGAAGGGCACAUUUUAAUUUUAAAAAUUUGUUUCCUAUUCAAGCGUAGCGCGUAUGAAUAUUUAAAUUAUUUAUUUCAACCACUGAUCUGCUGCAUAGCGUGGCGCAAAGCGUUUACUAUAGCGCCCGUAUAGUUUUCUACAAUAAAAAAAUAUAAAAAAAAUCCAAAUAUUUUCCCAAUAUGCUCUCUGUUUUGUAAAACGUUUUAUGAACGAUGCUUUUGAGUUUCUACGCUCUAAAAACUAAUUUAAAUAUUAUAAUUUUCUUUGCAAAAUAUACAACCACACCAUGGU